UUACUCUCCUAUCCAGAUUCCCCCAGAUCCCAGUUCCCUCACCUCUUUCAUGCAAUUUUUCCUGCAAAACUCCACCCACAGCUUUCAAUACCUCUCCCCACUUCUCUGCUCUUUAUUGUGAAGACAAGCACAGUCUCUUCCUUUUGGGACCAUUCUUCCCUCCUCCAGCUUUUCAGGUCUAAUAAUGUAUCCACUCUCUAUCACAAAAGCCAAGUUAGAAUUCUCAUUGGAGCGCAGCCCAGGUCAAGAAACUGCAGAUACAGCAGAGGGAGAAAGGAGGUUCAGAACACUCAUGUGUUAAUUGUUUUGGUCUCAUCACAGUUUCUUUUUUCUUUUUUCUUUUUUGAGAGGAAGUCUUGCUCUGUCACCCAGACUGGAGUGCAGUGGCGCGAUCUUGACUCACUGCAACCUCUGCUUCCUGCACGCCAUCAUGCCCGGGUAAUUUUUGUGUUUUUAGUAGAGAUGGGGUUUCCCCAUGUUGGCCAGGAUGGUCUCGAUCUGAUUCGUGAUCUGCCUGCCUUGGCCUCCCAAAGUCCUGGGAUUACAGGCAUGAGUCACCACACCUGGCCGGUCUCAUCACACUUUCUAAACGACUAUUAUUACCUAAUUUCCCAGAUGAGAAAACUGAAGCUCAGAGAGAUCAAGCGACCUGCCGGAUAUCCCAAAGCUAACACAGCCGCUGCCGCUGCCGUCCGGCGCGCUGCAGACUCCCGAGAACAGCCCUGGCUGUCAGCGGGCACCAGCCGCUUCCUGUCCCCAGUGCUAAGACUGGAGGGGCGCACCAUCGCCACCGAGCCAGAGGCGCUUCAGGAGGCAAGAGAAGUCCCCGCGCGCUCCGGGGCCCGGCGCAGCUCAUGGUGAGCGCCCUCUGGGGCUCGAGGGUCCCUUGGCUGAGGGGGCGCAUCCUUAGGGUGCCCCAUGGGGCUGCCUUGGGGUCUCAGGGCUGAAAUUGGGACCGCCCACAGACCGCCCCUGCAGCCCAGCCCGAAAUGCUGCCGCCAGGGAGCAACGGCACUGCGUACCCGGGGCAGUUCGCGCUGCAACAGCAGCUGGCGCAGGGGAACACUGUGGGGGGCUCGGCGGGGGCACCGCCACUGGGGCCCGCACAGGUGGUCACCGCCUGCUUGCUGACCCUACUCAUCAUCUGGACCCUGCUAGGCAACGUGUUGGUGUGUGCAGCCAUCGUGCGGAGCCGCCACCUGCGCGCCAAGAUGACCAACGUCUUCAUCGUGUCUCUGGCCGUGUCAGACCUCUUCGUGGCGCUGCUGGUCAUGCCCUGGAAGGCAGUCGCCGAGGUGGCCGGUUACUGGCCCUUUGGAGCGUUCUGCGACGUCUGGGUGGCCUUCGACAUCAUGUGCUCCACAGCCUCCAUCCUGAACCUGUGCGUCAUCAGCGUGGACCGCUACUGGGCCAUCUCCAGGCCCUUCCGCUACGAGCGCAAGAUGACCCAGCGCAUGGCCUUGGUCAUCGUCGGCCUGGCCUGGACCUUGUCCAUCCUCAUCUCCUUCAUUCCGGUCCAGCUCAACUGGCACAGGGACCAGGCGGGCUCUUGGGGCGGGCUGGACCUGACUAACAACCUGGCCAACUGGACGCCCUGGGAGGAGGACGUUUGGGAACCCGACGUGAGGGCAGAGAACUGUGACUCCAGCCUGAAUCGAACCUACGCCAUCUCUUCCUCGCUCGUCAGCUUCUACAUCCCUGUGGCCAUCAUGAUCGUGACCUACACGCGCAUCUACCGCAUCGCCCAGGUGCAGAUCCGCAGGAUUUCCUCCCUGGAAAGGGCCGCAGAGCACGCGCAGAGCUGCCGGAGCAGCGCAGCCUGCGCGCCCGACACCAGCCUGCGCGCUUCCAUCAAGAAGGAGACCAAGGUUUUCAAGACCCUGUCCGUGAUCAUGGGGGUCUUCGUGUGUUGCUGGCUGCCCUUCUUCAUCCUUAACUGCAUGGUCCCUUUCUGCAGUGGACACCCCGAAGGCCCUCCGGCCGGCUUCCCCUGCGUCAGUGAGACCACCUUCGACGUCUUCGUCUGGUUCGGUUGGGCCAACUCCUCACUCAACCCCAUCAUCUAUGCCUUCAACGCCGACUUCCGGAAGGUGUUUGCCCAGCUGCUGGGGUGCAGCCACGUCUGCUCCCGCACGCCGGUGAAGACGGUGAACAUCAGCAAUGAGCUCAUCUCCUACAACCAAGACACCGUCUUCCACAAGGAAAUCGCAGCUGCCUACAUCCACAUGAUGCCCAACGCUGUUACCCCCGGCGACCCGGAGGUGGACAACGAUGAGGAGGAGGAGGGUCCUUUCGAUCGCAUGUCCCAGAUCUAUCAGACAUCCCCAGAUGGUGACCCUGUUGCAGAGUCUGUCUGGGAGCUGGACUGCGAGGGGGAGAUUUCUUUAGGCAAAAUAACACCUUUCACCCCAAAUGGAUUCCAUUAAACUGCAUUAAGAAACGCCCUCAUGGAUCUGCAUAACUGCACAGACACUGACAAGCAUGCACACACACGCAAAUACAUGCCUUUCCAGUGCUUCUCCCUUUAUCAUGUGUUUCUGUGCAGUAGUUCAUGUGCUUAGAAGCCUCACCCCAUGGAUUGGUAGUUCAAAUAAUUGGCCGAAGCAGUUGCAAUAAACUCAGUCAAAUAUACCCAGCCUACCAGAGAUGGACCAAUGAUCAUAUUAGAGAAGAGAGUAUGGUGCUGCGUCCUUUAAAAAAAAAAAAAAAGUGAUACUUGGUCCUUAAAAAAUAUGCUCUCCCCUCCCUUUUUAAACUAAUGGCUUGUUCAGUCACUUGUUUGUAUUUGAAUUGAUUUUUAAACAGCAGUUUGUGUGUGUGUGCAGUGAUGCGGUGGGAGCACAGCUUUCCUGUGUCUGGAUUCCCGUGACUCUGUGCUCAUGUCAUUUCUUCUCUCUGUGCUGGUGGGUGUCUCUUCACCAUAGCUGAAGAAGUCUCCCUGAUUUAUUCUGGUGUCUAAUAAACACAAAUUAUUUGUAUUAUGCGGUGACUGUCUUUGCUUUGCUGCACUGGGUUUCAGGAUUGCUUCUGAGAAAACCAUGAGUGCAUCCUUAAAAUGCAAAGAAGAUAUUUGCUGGGUCUGGAAGUACAUGCUUAUUCUCUUUACAGUUUGGCCUUAAAGAUACACCAGGGCAAAGGACCUUGAGGAGCUUCUGUUUUCUCAGGUUUCUUUUUAUUGCUUAUACACAUGUUGGCUCUGUGCUGAAACUUGGAUUCAAUGGCAUGGCAUUAGAUCUUCUCAAGCCCAGAUUUUUUUUUUUUCUUUUCUCAUUUGGAAUCCUUUUUGAAGUAACAUAAGACAACUCUCCUGAUUCCUAGACAGUUGCGAUCAGUUCAUUGAAAAGAUCAUGUAGAAUAAUACCUUGAAUCUUUCUCUAUCUGAAAUCUGUAGCAUGUUUUAGAAUGACAUGGCUUUUGAGAAAUCGUGUUUUCUGAAGAGCUUUGAAAUGUGUGAAUCAAGAUGCUUUAAAAAAGAAACGCUAUUUUUAAAUAGGCAUUUUCCUUAGUGGACAAGAGCAAAAUAGGGAAAUGCUUUUUAACUAAGAUGUAGAAGCCAGAGAUGAAAUGUGAAUGAACUUGAAACUGGAAUAUCUGUAGGUCAAAGUGCUCAACAGAAAAGCCCAGCUGACUCCAAUCAUUUUGUUUUUGCUCUCUGCAGUGUGCACAGUCAAGGGGAGUGUUUUAUUCCAGACCCACACCAGUUGAGAGCAUAUUAUUACCAUCAGAUCUAAAUGUGAGCACUAUUAAUGGAAGCAAAUGAAAUGAGAAUAUGCAAUUUCUUGCAAGUCCCUGCUUUGAAGCAGUUUUAUCAAGGACAGUUCAAUCAAUUUUGAUCUCUUUAAGGAUAAUUUUAUUGUCAGUCUUCUGUGCAGCCAUAUCUUGAUCACUGCAAAAUGUGCAGUUCCUGGCACAUAAUGCUUAAUGAAUACUUGUUGAAUGAAUGACUAUUUCUGGAACAGUGAGAUUGAAAGCAAGUCCUAUUCAGUAUGUCAAUUUUUAUAUAUAAUUUAGUCAAAAUGAUACUGGAAUCUGAGGUCCGUGUUCAGUUUCUGACCUCCUGUGAAUGGAUAGCUAAGCAAACCAUUAGGCAACAUUAGGAGCAGUGAAAAGUACACAGCUAUAGGAUUCAGGAGAUGGUUGCGUGACCCUGAAUGACUCAAUUAACCUUUCUGGGCCUCAUUUUCCGUCUGUGUCUGCAAAUGGAAACACUUAUACUAGAUCACUGUUUACUCAAUCGUGCUUUGCGAUGCAAAUGUUAAUGGAUGGGGUCUCUGGUGAAAUAAGUUCAGCAAACCCAGGUUCAAUACCUGCUUUCUCGAUAGGACUUCUUAGAGCUUCUCCUGUGCACGAUGCAUCCUCCAGUUGGGGAAGUUUCUGUAUCAGUUCCCAAUGCCGUUCACCUUGUGAACCUUGUUUGGUGGAAUUCCUGUUACUGUUUCUCUGGAGUCCACAGUCACGGUUUGAGAAACUCAAAUCUAACUGAUCUGGAAGUCUUUACAAUAUUCUGUUCUAAAGCACGGGUUGCUAUAAGCAAAAUCUUUUGUGAAAAACACUGGUCUAGGCUCCAGUUUAGACAAGUUCUGUGUUAUGGAAAAUAGAUUAUGUAAGGACUUUGGAAUUUCCUGUAAAAUAUCACUCACCAUUAUUAUGUAGUAUGCACUAGGCAUUGCUCUAGAUGCUGGGAAUAUAGUUGUCAAUCAAAUUCUCUGCUGUCUUGGGACAUUUAUGUGAGUCGGGGGAGAGAUAAGCCAAUAAAGAGUUCUGUACUAUA